ACCAGAACUUGAAGGCACCAUGGGUUUUCUGCCCUGGGCCCCACCUCUCUCCCUCCCAGGUAAGAAAACUUUCCCAGAUUUGUUUUACCUGUCCGAUUGUGUCAUACAUAGAUAUAGCGAAUAGCUUUUACUAAACAGACCCUACUGAGACUUAGUGAGUUUCUGAGCUGUCAGGGGAGUAACCGCCGCCACAGCCAUGGCCGAGUCCCAGCUCGUGUGCAUGGAGGACGGCCACAUCGGAGCCAAAAUCCCGGAGACCAAACCGGAGUUUUACUACAGCGAGGAGCAGCGCGUCGCCAUCGAGGAGCUCCUCAAGAACGGCGACGGUGCUUUCAAAACAAGACUCAAAGAUGACAACAUGAAGGACUUUUUAUCAGCCAGAGAAGUUAAAGUGCUGCUGAACACUUUCAAGCAGUACGACUCUGGUGAUGACAGCAGCAGCAGCAACAAACCAAAGCCAUCCGGGUCGGAGCCGGGAGCAGCCGGCACCGACGCGGAUUCGGGGGUCCAUUCCACCUACUGGCCCCAGAUGUCGGACACCGAGGUGCCGCCGCUGGAUAUCGGCUGGCCCAGCGGGGGGUUGUUCAGAGGGGUGACCCGGGUGGCCGUGCACACUCACCCGCCUAAAGACAAUGGACCUCACAUUAAAGAGGUGGUACGGCGGCUCAUUCAGGAGGCCACUAAGGUGAUAGCGAUAGUAAUGGACAUGCUCACAGACCUCCAGAUCCUGCAGGACCUGAUGGAUGCAGCCUGGCGACGCUCUGUGCCCAUUUACAUCCUGUUAGAUGACCAAGGUGUGCCACACUUCCUGGAUAUGUGCUCCAGGCUGCAGAUUGGCUCACAGCACCUCCGGAACAUCAGAACCAGAACGCUGCAGGGAAUCGGAUUUGGUUUGUCCUUCGGCAGACUUCCUGGUUCACUUUGUAAUAAGUACAUGUUAGUAGAUGGAGACAAAGUCGUGUUUGGCUCCUACAGUUUUGCCUGGUGUACGUCUCGCAUGGACCGAAACAUGAUCACCGUGAUGACGGGGCAAGUGGUUGACUUCUUUGACCGGGACUUCCGUGAACUGUAUGCCAUCUCUGAGAAACUGGACCUCUACAAGGAGUUCCAUGUUAGCCCACCUGCUGCUAACAGAACUGCCACAAUAAGUUCCAAAGUGGGGCCCAAACGCCCACCUUUACCUGCCACCACAUCCCGCUUCCAGGUUAGCUUAGGGGACUCACGAAAAGCCAACAUCGAGGUGCCGGCACACAAAUACUACAACCCCAAGUACUCGCUGGUGUUUGGGGAUGUCCAGCGUCCAACAGGGUCUCUGCAGGAGCCAGGACCUAAGAGGGGGUCAGGUCUGUCUGAGGUUCCUGAGGAGAUGGACCAGGGGAAAACACGAGUGGCUGUUAGUGAGAGGAUGGGCCAGCUGAGUCCGUUGCCCUCAGAUGCCCCGAGUGAAAUUCUUAAGAGGCCCAAUGGAAUCACGCCGGACAAGAAGGGGAAGCUCACAUGGAAGAAAUUGUUUAGGAAGAAAUCAUCAAGUAAGCUUUCACUAAACAGCCUGGCGAACAGUGCAUGCCCUUCACCCACAGAAACCAGUCGGACUGAUGAGAACGAGGACAACUUUGAGGUGAUUGUGAGAUCUCCAUCCAAAUUGAGGGCAAAUAAGCCAUCUAAACUGGGCCAGAGAACAGAGUCUGAGCAGGCUGUUGACACUGCGCAGGACAAUGAGAGUGUUAAAGGUCGCCGUCGCGGAAAAGAUUGUAAAGUGUCCUGAGGUGAACCUGCCAUUCUCUGACCACAGAAUGCUUUCACGCAGUCUUAAAAUGGAUUACAAAAUGACUUCCCUAACAGUAACUCCACCUUUGAUUGUGCAAUAUUUAUUUUAUGCAGUGCCUUACAUAGAGACCAAAUGAAUGUACAAUCCAUUAGGUACUGGCAUAUGCUGUUUUUAUGUUUACUGUUGCCCUGUUGAGGUGCAGAAAGGUUUAAUGAGAUAUUUCCUGGUGAUCACACCGUUUGUUCUGAGCCUUGUUGGGGCUUUAGGGAUGUUGGGACUGCUAACUGCUUCUCUGUUGGACAUUGAGUGCAUAGGGUUAUAGUGUACAUUUUAUUGCAGAAAAUGUGAAGUCCUCUUCAGCUGUUUAUGGUAUAUAAAGAAAGUGAGAAUCACUCUCCUAAAGCAGGAGAUUGUCAGACCUUGGAUACUUGUUACUUGUGCCUCUCUCUCCUAAUAAAACAAGGAAUCAUCAGACAUUUAACACAUAAGACAUUUAGUGAGGUCAUAUUGUGGGCCAUUAUUUUUGUGCAGCAAUGUACUGCAAACCUUUUUAUUUUUUACUAUGUUGUCAUUUAUCUGUAAAUGAAUGUUACCAAGAAUGUAUAUUCAUUUCUUUUUGCUGCACUAAUACAUUGUAGGAUAUUUUGUUCAUUGUGCUUAUUAAAUGGUUUCAGAUAAGGAAAACCUUAAAGGUUCCAAGAAAGCUUUUAAGAUAUUGAACUGCUCAAUGAUUUUAGACCAAAAACUACCAAGAUUUUGGCUUAACAUUGGGAAAAAAUAUUUUCAGUUUCACAAGAAUACAGGAUAACUGAUGAGUUAAAACAACAGGAACACAAGAUCAAAAAUAAAAAAGUGAAAUGGGAGAGGAUGUUUUAUAAAUAGGCAAAAAGCAUGGCUGCUCAAACACGGUGCAUCACUGUGACUGUGGCUCCAUCCAGUGGUUACAUACAGUGUUAUGCCAACAUUUCACAUGGAAAGCUGGUGAAUGUACUGCACAAACUGACCACCAGCUGACGCCCUUGUCCUCCCUUUGCCAUUUUCUGGGUGUUUGCUAACAGCUCAGAAAACAGAGUGGAACCACAGGCCUGAUGGGAGCUCAGGGUUGAGUUCAGGGUGGAGGUGGGGAGGUGAAGUAGGAGGGUGUGCAAGUGGGAUGUGGUGUAACACUGAAACAGGAAGUCAGGGCUGCAGCAGGAAGAGGCGUUCUCGCACUAAUUUAUAGACUAGUUUUGCUGAUACACAGGCAGGCUGGAAAAUAUGUUGUUUCCUGUGAUACUUGCAUCUUAAUGUUUUUCUAAAACACUGCAAUUAUGUUUAUUCAA